GUUUGUGUUUAAGUUAUGUUUGGUUUUUUGUCUUCUGUAAGUGUGUUCGCUCUGUUUGCUUUGUCUGCUGCCUGGGCUUAUUGUGUCUGCUGUUUUAUCUCGUCGGACGGCGCCGAAAUCUGGUGGAAACAUUCCUUACCGCCGGAUCGCAGGCUAUCUGCCUGGCGAUUAAGUCCGGCUUCAUUUCUGGAGUCAAGGGUUCGAAGCCCUGAAGCUCUGAGCCUUUGUAACAGGCUAAAGUUCGAGCUUUUUCUGCUGUAUUGAUUCUGUUGUUUCGGCUCGCUGUUGGUGGUUUCUGCGACAGAUUGUAAGAACUGAAGUUCAGAAGAAAUUAUGAAAGAAUAUAAUUCUAUAAGUUUUAUGAUAGAGAAUUUUUUUGCGGAAUGCAAGUUCUUCAUUUAUUAGUCACCAGCUUUGCAGUUCUCACAGCAAGUGUGGAUCAUGGCAAUUGAAGCUCCGAAAAUGAAACCUCUUUCAACCAGCUGUAUUUCUCCACCUGUGGAGGGAGAACACAAGAGCAUAAAUUCUGAACUCUGGCAUGCUUGUGCUGGACCGCUUAUUUCACUGCCUCCAGUAGGUAGUUAUGUGUGUUACUUCCCACAAGGACACAGCGAACAGGUUGCAGCUUCUACUCAGAAAGCUGUUGAGACACACAUUCCAAACUACCCUAAUCUUCCUUCCCAGUUAAUUUGUCAGCUUCACAAUGUUACAAUGCAUGCAGAUGUGGAGACUGAUGAAGUAUAUGCACAGAUGACUCUGCAACCUGUGAACAGUUACAAUAAGGAUGCUGUCUUAGCAUCUGAUCUAGGGCUUAAGCAAACCAAGCACCCAACAGAGUUCUUCUGCAAGACCUUGACUGCAAGUGAUACGAGUACCCAUGGUGGCUUCUCUGUUCCUCGUCGUGCGGCAGAGAAAGUUUUUCCUCCACUUGAUUAUUCACAGCAACCACCAGCUCAAGUGCUUGUGGCCAGAGACCUGCAUGACAAUGUAUGGACAUUUCGACAUAUAUACCGUGGUCAGCCAAAGAGGCAUCUUCUAACAACAGGAUGGAGUGUAUUUGUAAGUGCAAAGAGACUUGUUGCGGGUGAUUCUGUCCUAUUUAUAAGGGAUGAGAAAUCACAACUACUUCUUGGUAUCAGACGUGCAAAUCGGCAGCAAACACCCAUGCCAUUGGCAGUUCUGUCCAGUGACAGUAUGCAUAUUGGUGUUCUUGCAGCAGCAGCUCAUGCAGCUGCAAAUCAAAGUCCAUUUACUGUAUUUUACAAUCCAAGGACAAGCCCAUCAGAGUUUGUUGUUCCCUUAGCAAAGUACAAUAAAGCACUUUAUGGUACGCAAGUUUCGGUUGGCAUGCGCUUUAGAAUGAUGUUUGAAACAGAGGAAUCAAGUGUACGCAGGUAUAUGGGAACCAUUACUGGGAUUAGUGAUCUGGAUUCUGUUAGAUGGCCAAAUUCACAGUGGCGUAAUCUUCAGGUUGGAUGGGAUGAAUCAGGCACUGGUGAAAGACAGAAUAGGGUUUCCAUUUGGGAGAUCGAGACUGUUGCAACCCCCUUUUUUAUCUGUCCUCCUUUUUUUAGGCUCAAGCGUCCGUUGCAGCCUGGAAUGAUGGGAGAAGAAACAGACUUUGAAAGCACCACUAAAAGAUCUUGGCCCUGGCUUAGGGAAGAACAGAACAUUCUAGAUUUUCAAAACCCUUUAUCAGGUCUUGGGUUAGAACAGUGGAUGGGGUUGCAGCAGAGACAUGAAAUGGUGAAUCCAGCUGUCCAAUUAGAGUUCUACCGUAACAUGGCUGCUGCUGCAUUACAGGAUUUCAGGACAAAUGAUGCAUCUAAAGAGCUUUGUGCACCUCAACAGACCUUACAACCUUGUCAUACGUUGCUUAGUGUUCCGCAACAACAGCCACAACAGCAAGAACUUCAACGCCAACCUCAAAUCUCAUGGCAAGAGAUGCAAAAACAAAUUCAGUACCAACAGCAACAUUUGACAUCACAGCAAACAAUUCUUCAGCAGAACACAGGUCUGCAGCAGUUGCAAGUGAAUGCACCAGUACAACAGUUACAACAGCAAGUGCAUCUGACCUCAUCACUGCCACAGUCACAACAGCCAGUGCAACAGACCUCUGCACUGCCACAGUUACAGCAGCCAGUGCAUCAGGCUUCAUCGUUACCACAGUUGCAGCAGCAAGUUCAGCAAAACUCAUCAUUGCAGCAGUUACAGCAGCAGCAUUUGCUUCUACAACAGUUACAGCAACACCAUCAACAACCACAUCAGUCAAAGCAGUUGCAGCAACCGUUACCAGAUUUGAAACAGUUGCAGCAACCAUUACCAGAUUUGAAACAGUUGCAGCAUCGACCUCUGCAACAGAUACCACAGUUACAACAGCAGCAGUCAUCUCUUCUAGUACAUCAGCAUAUUCAGCAGCCAUUACCACCACCUUCACAGCAUAAAAAUUUGGCAACACCAACAGAGCAAUUACAGCAGCAGCCACAGAUACGGCAGUCUCCUUUGUCAAAUCAGACAAUAGAAAAUCAACUCCAUAGCCAGGAGUUGCUGCAACAUGAACAAACUAUUGUGGAGCACUAUCCAGCACAGCAGCAAUUACCAUCACGUCAGCAAAUUCAGAAAAUACAACAAUCAUCUCCACCACACCAACUUGCACGGAAACAAUCUCCUGAACAUCCCAUUAAUGGGUAUCCACAACUACAACCACAACAAUCAAUCCAGUUGCAUGAAUUAGAAAGCAAGCUGCAGUUGUCAUCUACUCGACCCAUCAGUGCAUGUAAUAUGUCAGUCCCAACAAGAUCUCGAUCUGGCUUUACUGAAUCUGAUGUUUCCUUCUGUUCCACCUCAACUUCUGCCAACAGUUGCCCAUUGCAGAAUAUUCUUGGAAGGUCACAGUCAGGCACAGUUACUUCAGAGGAGAAAACUCAGUACGCAAGCAUGUCAAGAUCUGCUCCAGUUAAUACCCAAGGCUCAAGUUUUAUUUCAAACGGUGUUUCAGAAGCACCAGUUACUUCUUGGUUUACUUCUAACAAGGAGCCAAGUCAAAGUGUAUUACAAACUGUACCAAAUUUUCAGUCCGGUGAAAUAGAAACCCCAUCUUUUGGGCCAUCAUUUUCUACAAUGCAGGCUAAUGCUGUUGUUGAACAAGGUUUUCCCAGUCUACCAAACCAAUCUACUUCCUUUUGGUUUGGAAAUAAUUCUCAGGAUAGUGAUGUCCAUGCUGAUCCUCGUAACAGCAUAUUAUUUGGCGUUAAUAUUGAUGGCCCUUCAAUUGAUCCUUCCACAUCGAGUCCCUUGGCAGCCAGAGGAUUCAAUGCGGGAAAGGAGGCUCCAGGGCAGCUCUCUGCUGAAAGUAUGUUAACUAGCUUCAGUACAAGUAAGGAAGUUAAACCACAACUUUCUUCUGCAAGCAUGCUUAGUUCCCAUUCAUUGUCCAUACAAGAUCUUCCGGACAAUUCAGAUGUUGCAAGCACUGUGGAAUUGGAAUUGGAAGAUAGUAGCUUUUUACAGAGAGGGUCAUUUCAAAAGCUACCACAACCUGUGCGAACCUAUACUAAGGUAUACAAGCUGGGAUCUGUUGGAAGAUCAAUAGAUGUCACACGAUAUAAAAAUUAUGAUGAGCUUCGCCGUGAGCUUGCCCACAUGUUCGGCUUGGAAGGUCAACUUGAGGACCCAAAAAGGACAGGUUGGCAACUCGUAUUUGUCGAUAAUGAGAAUGAUGUACUACUUGUGGGAGAUGAUCCCUGGGAGGAAUUUGUAAGCUGUGUGCGUUAUAUCAAGAUCUUAUCACCUUGUGAAGUGUCGCAAAUGAGUCAAGAUGGCUUGGAUAUCGUGAAUAAUCCACCAAUGCAGUUGCAAAAUGGUAGCUGUUCAGAUGAUCAAAAUGUUUGGAGAGAGCCACCUUAUCAGAAUUAUACUAAUCCUUCGAGAUCUUUCAAUCAUUAGCAUUAUUGAGAACUCUCCUUAGGUUGCAUUAUGAAGUGGUGUUAAGUAUUACUCCAUCGGGGGAUUGAGAAUAUGUACAGCUGAAAGAACAUUGCUAACUGCUCAUCUUUCUGAGUAGACUUCUUCAAUGUACUGAAUAGCUCUCAAUCUCAAUCCUGCAAGCAUUUUUUUAAAGAAAAUUAAAGAGCAAAUAUUGUUCCAACUAUAUUGGCCUGAGGGAAGUUGUAUGGAAUGCUUUUGUCUACUGAUUUCCAGAGGCAUGUUUUAGUUCUGAAAAUGGAGCUUGGGGAAGUUAUUGGAAGAUGUACCAAUCGUACUGGCGUGACUGCAAUCUUGUAUAAUAUACUUUCUCGUCAACCUGAAUGGCAUGUGUAGCGUGACAUUAAGGAUAAGGAGCUGAAAGGAAACAUGUCAUCGCUAUGUACCCAUUUUAACCUAUGAGAAGCUUUUGAUUUGGUUGCGGUGCAGUGUUUUGAUGAACAAGCAAUUCUACCAGAAAUUUGAAAUUUGUCAGAUCUGUAUGUUGAUUGGUUAAAAGGAUCUGCCAGGUUGAACUCGAAGCAUUCCUAAUAAAAUGGCAAAAGUGGGGAUUCUUGAUGCUUUGUGGUAAUUGAUCCAGAAAUUAUUGGUCCCAGCCAAAUUUGAAAUGCAAACCACCUUCCAGGUGAUGCUUGGAGAGCUAUGUAAUUUAAAUGAAUUAUGUACCAUAUGUUUUGUCUAAAUGUAUUGUCAUGUGACCAGCCAAAGCCAUUGGUAGAAUGUUUUUUAGGUCAAUUGCGAUAUUUUAGAGUAUUUAGAGUCCAAAACGUUACAUUUGAUUGAUACACUAAAUUUUGCUGUUAAAAGUUGUUUUUCUAAGAAGUCUGGGAUUAGAUACUUUUGUUUUUAAGGAAAUUUCUUUUCUAUUG